AUGGCCCCCCCUAUUCUUGGUAUUCCGCCCUCAGCCCCUCUUUCACGCCUCCCUCCAGGGCCUGAGCCGGGCCCCUCCCAACCCCACGCUCGACGAGUCUCCAUCCCUUAUUCCGAGGAUAACAUCUUAACCAAUGUCCUUUCCCGCCAGUCUGCUCAUCGGAGAUCCUUUUCUAGACGGCUCAGCAUCCCGGAUACGUCCAACAUCUCCAGUCUCGUCUACUCUCUUAAGCGUAGAAGUUCUACAGAGCUUGGCUCGGACACAUCAGCUAGGCUCCUGAACACGACGUACGAUUCUCUCUUGGAAUGGAUUGGAGCACAACGCAUGAGCCAGCUCCCUCCAGAGGGAAGCAGCUAUGACAAGGUGCUCGCGUGGGCUCAGUUGUUUGUCGAGAGGCUGAAUUCCUUUGAUAUGGCCAUCGAAGAGUUUGCAGGCGAUAGUUAUCUCGCCGCCCAACUCGCCUAUGGAUAUUGCGCGCUUUUGCUACAGCUUGGCAAAGAAAAUGCCCCGGCGUUGACGAUAUGCUUCGGGCUCUUUUACAACAUGUCGGGUUCUCUCGUAAAUCUAUUGGAGCGGACUGAGAUGUUUAGCGUAUCGCCGGAGAUCAGGGAACAACUUGUUCUGGCUCUGUCAGACUUGGUCACCCUGGUCGCUGGCGUUUCAACCCAUUUCCACAAGGCAAUUAGUGGUCUGAUGACAUCGCCAGUUUCCAUCAACAUCUACAGCCUCUUCCCCGUUCAGAUCAAGGCGUUCAUGGACCGUUGCGAGAGGACUGGCGAAGCGAUCUGGCGAAGCCAGCUUUUGAAGGAGGGUAUGGAUGCUAGCAAAAUAGUAUCCGAUGUUAAAUCCGUCAAGAACUGGGUGGCUCCAGAAGAACAUCUUCUCAAGAACUUGGUCAACUCAACGUCUCAUCUGGCACACGACCGCGAGGAGCUGACCUGCCUUUGGAUGGCCCCAUACAUAACGCGCUUCCUAAAAAGCCCGCAGAAGAUGUUGUCUAUCAGUGGCAAACAAGGAUCCGGCAAGACAGUCUUGGCGUCGGUCAUCGUAGAUUACCUCCAGCAGCCUAUCGGCGGGGCGAUGUACACUUCAAUCUUUGUUCCUAUCAACAGCAGAAUCCCUGCAGAGGCAACGCCUAGAGCUAUUGGCAAAGCCAUUCUCAACCAGCUUUUCGAAAGGCGCAUUGGAAAUAUCCAGAUACUCCAGGUCCUCACCGAUGCCUACGAACAGAGCAGGAAAGUCACCUCAGACAAAGAGUACGAUGAGAUUAUCUGGAAUGCUCUCGCAGAUGUGAUGGCCUCUCCACUCCACGGAGCCAAGGAGCUUAUCGUCAUCAUUGAUGGCAUGGAUGAGGCCUCCUGCAGCGAGCCGGCGUUGUUCCAGAGGUUGAACACCGCCGCCAAAUUUGCAACCAACGUUAGGUUCAUCACUCUUGGGGCUGAGAAGCAGUCGCUUGGCCCCUUCCAGAGCAAUCUCCUUAUCACCGAAGACAUGAUAUUUGAUGAUAUUGUAGCCGUUGUUCGGGGCCAGCUCGACCACGGAAAAGUUUUCCACUCCAUGUCCGAAGUAGAUCAGGAAAAGCUUGUCACCCGCAUCGCCCACGCAUCGAACGGUUCGUUCCUUUGGGCCAGACUUGCCGCGAGGCGAGUGCGCCUUGAGAUGAACGUGGAUCAUCUCCGAAAGGCUGUGGACUCUCUUGCUAGUUCCAAGCCAUCUGUCACCGACCUUGUCACUCAGUUUAUCCACUUAAAUGGCGUCACAGACGGAACCAGGCACAUUCUGCUCUGGCUUGCUACUGCUGAGCGACCCCUCUCACUCAUGGAAUUGACAGCGCUGGCCACUAUGCGAACGGACAAGGGUGCUGUCCUUGACCCCACUCACCCUGAUAUGCUCGCCACCUUGAGGCCUGUCGAACCCCUUCUGUUCCUCCAAGAUGGCCUUGCCUAUCUCCGCCACGGUCUCAUCAGAGCUGCAAUCCUUGAUCUCUUUGCCAAAGGAAGGUUGGUUCAGGGCAUCAAGGAUCGGCACGAAGACCUCGUCACCAGGCUUUUGCUCUACAUCAAGGAUAACGUCACCCAGCAUCACGAGAUUUCUCUCUCGACUCUGGAUGUCCACGACACCAACCAACUCUUGAACAAGAAUCCCUUGCUCGACUUCGCCGUUCGUCAUUGGCCCGCCCAUAUGAGACAUACGUCUGUUUACGCAAAGGAGGGAAGUACCGGUGUCGCCAAGUCCUUUUCAAAGGUCCUGCCAACAUCUGUUGCUGCCAUACUUCUUCAGGGAUCUCUCUGGCAACAUAGGCCGGCACCUGUGCUCCUUUUGCACUUGCCAAUGGUGACAGAUAUAUACCGCCAUAUGUUAACGACCAAGAACCCCGUCACGCUUCAGUGCAUGAUCUUCCAAGCCAUGCUAUACCGCCGCGUUGAGUUCUUCGACGAAGCGAUCCCUUUGCUAUAUGACGUUACAAUGGCAGCCCAGAAUCUCCUUGGCCCUCGCAGUACGGUAACCAUGCAGCUAUCGGGUAUCUUCCUCGAGACAACUGCACCCAAGAUGGACACUAGGAAUACGGAGCUUAUGAACAAUAGAGAAGAGAUGCUUCUUCUUUUCGUCGAAUGUUACCAAAUGCACUAUGGCCAAGACUCCGAGCACGUAGUCUCCGCUCUCCGAAUGUUGGCUGAACAUUACCAGAUGACCAAGCAGGAGGAAAAGGCUCAGAAAAUCCUUGACUCGAUUCACGCAAUCACCACGAAGGCGAUGCGGGAGCGCGCCGGGGAAUUACACGCGCGCCAUCGCGGUCGUCGUGAGAGGGCCGCCGCUGAGGGUGGAGUCAGCCUGCUGCUAGACGUCGAGGAGCAUGACGAGCUGGCUGAAGGAUCUCGGUCAUAUGACUUUGAGUUCUCGCUCAAGCAGGCAGAAAACUACGCAUCAGAGGGAUGGCUAGACCGCGCCGAGCACCUGUACAUUGACAUGUGGCAGCGUGCGAGCCGGGAAUAUCGGGUCCAUCACUCAGACGUUUGGGAGGAGCGCAAGUUGAAGGCUAUUCUUGGCUAUAGCAGAUUUCUCCUGGCACAAAACAGAGAAACCGACGCCGCCUCUAUUCUCUCUACCGUGUGGGAAGACUACAAGACAAGGCACGCCAUGACCCUGACCCAGGCGUCUUGUGACCUGUUUCACCAGAUGGCCAGCAUCAUGAAGGAAGCGGGUCUCUGCACGGAAUCCUUGUCAGUCCUCAAGCAUUGUGCGCAGUACUACGAAAGCACCAAUCGCACGCAGAGCGCAAUGUACCAGGAGAUUACGGAGACCAUCCAGAACAACUCCAAGGAGAUCAUGGAGAUGAUGAGCUCCGCUGAGACCAGGGUCACAUCGGAGUCUACUUUGGAAGAGAUGGUUCUGGAUGCAUGCAAGUCGGGCAGCAUCGACCAAACGACGCUCACGGCAGUAUUCAACCUCGUCGAUCUGUACACUUCUCAGCACCGCUGGCAGGAUGCCACUCGACUGAUCAAGCGAGUCCUUCGCAGCAUCUGGCCAUCUCUAUUUUGUCCUAGUGCACAAGACGUCACGGCUCCAUCUAAACAUGUAGAUGAAUGUGUAGAACUCGCGGAGCGCCUUGCUCAAUGCCACCAUACCCGGCGCCGGCCUACGAAGGAGGGAGACCUUCGAGUUCGUAUCUACCGCGCAAUGAGGACAAGCCGCAAGGUAGACGACAAGCUGAGGGACCGUGUGACACUGCACCUGCUUCGGUUCUUCGAGAAUCAGUCCCAAACGGAAAAGCUCAUCAAGAUUCGCCAGGAGAUGCUCGAUGAUUGUACUGAUCAUCAUGGCCCUGAGCAUCCUACCGUUAUCAAGAUGCUCUGGGAGCUGGCCGAACUGACGCGUCCCCGUCCCAUAUUUGUCGAGUAUUACGAAAAGAUCAUCCGCACCCUGAACAAAAACUCAUAUAUCACCAAUUCUGAAGCGUUUGAGCCGGUGAGUAUUGUAGCCAAUGAGCUCUGGAGCAAAGGGCUCUUCUCCGACGCUCUACGCUACUACAAGAUGAUGUUCGAGACUUUCCUCAGGCAGCCGGAGAUCAAUGACAAGCUCCAGGAUCAGUCUUUUGUGAGAGAGAUUUUCACCCGGUACACACAUUGCCUUCGAAACGUCGGCACAGAGUUUACUGUCAUUUAUAAGGUGAUGGCCGACUAUCGUGCCCAGUGCAAGACUGUUUUCGGUUCAAACGCCUCCAUCACAAUCCAGGCCACGCUUGCUCUCGCCAAGAUGUGCCAGGACACGGAGCGUCACGAGUUCGAGGCUAUUCAGCUUUAUGAGGAACUCCUGAAAACCGAGUCGGGUGAGAUUAACCACAAGGACAUCGCGACCACGUUAGAUUCGAUCUACGAAGAGCAAAUCGAUGCUGCUGCGUCCAGCCAGCCGGAGGCGGUCUCUGCUACUCAGAUCAGCCGGGCCAUUCAGGUUCUCAAGCAACGCAUGUCCAACAUACGGGAGACUCACGGAUGGGCUCAUGAAGAGUCCUUGUCGAAGUUGUCGGAGCUCGUAAGACUACGAAACCAGCAGCACGAAAUGGAUCUCCUUGCCAAUGAACUGGCUGAUGCGGCCGCCAAUGUGUUGAGUACGGAGACAUCCUCUGCUCGGCUUAUCGCAGCCGCGUCCACCAUUGCAUCGGGCUACAUUGAAAGCGACCAGACCCAAAGGGCCAUGGAGCUUCAACACGAACUCUACCGCCAAAUCGUCAUGAAGGAUACUGUGAACGCAGCUACUUACAAGUUCAACAUUUCGUCUCGCGGACGUGAUAGCCUUGUUUUCCUGGCUCAGUUUGAGUACAAUCUCCGACGCAACUCCGCCACCGUCAAUGAGAUCCUAGCGAUGCUAACAACCCAAUACGUGUACUUUGAGGAGGUGCGGCGCCUGAUGAAGUCCAAGUCUAGCUCCUUCCUUGACGUUACCGUUGCUACUGGCCGUCUUCAUCAGUGCCUCCUUGCCAAUGAAAGACUUGCCCCAGCUGCUCUUGUGUUCGGAGACUUUACCAACUACUUCAUCGACACGGAGGGUAAGCGAGUUCACCUGACCGAGCCGUCUCAGGUCAAUAUAUUCCUCCAGACUCUCCUACAGCAUUUCAGCACCCACAAAUCUCGAGACUUCAUUCGCUCCGUUGGCAUCAGCGGCAGCGAUGGCGUUGUGUAUCUUCUCCGAGCUGAGCGGUAUGAAGCUGCCUGCGACCUCGCCCUAGCGACUUUUACGUACAUCUCGGCCCAUGACGAGUACCGUACGCCCGUCGUUGCCAAGCUCGUCUUAGUGCUCGGCAUGACCAUCGCUGGCAGGGAUCUUCUUCCUCAGCCCGAUGAGCCUGCUCGCAGAAAGAUGCUUGAAACGUCGAGUACCAUCGUUCGAGAUGUUCUUCACGUUCUCAGCGAACUCAAAGUUAGUCUCGAACAAAUAAGCUUAGGCCACCUGAACAAGAUGAUCGGGCUUCUCGGUGAACAGCACGACUAUCGGACUCUGUCAUGGCUCCUGACCACACUGUGGCACAGCCGCGAGGCCCAAAGCAAUUGGCACCCGUCCAUCACUCUGUCUCUCGCAAAGCGGUAUAUCAUGGCUCACUAUCUCGUCGGCGACUCCACUGCUGCUGUUCGUCUUGCCGAGGACAUUGUCUACAACUGCCGUCGAGUCCACGGCACGCGGCACCCAUCCACCCUAGACAUGUCCGUCUUCCUGACGCAGCUAUACACCAGUAUCGCACAGCGGUACCAGGGCCAAAAGUCUGGCGGUCGGGAAAUUGCCAACAGAUACUACAAGAAGAGUGCCGCGGUCCACGAGAACAUCCUGCGCGUCUUCACCGAUCCAUCCUACGCGGAGAUGGAGGCUGGGCUAGAUGGCACUAUGACUGAUGGUGGCUCCAGCUCCGGGUUUGAGGCCAUGGAAGACCUUGAACAGGCAACCCUUCCAGAUGGGCAAUAUGUCCGCCGACACUUGCACUUCCUCAAACUUGCGCUGGAGCGCCUUGGGAGUUGGCCUAAGGACUAUGCUGAGUAUGAGCGUCUCAACGCUGAUAUUUUCAGAAAGUACGCCGAGGAUCUAAAGGGUGUUGAUGGGGUCGAGAAGUGGAAUCUCAGCGGAUAUGGUUCUGGCAAGGCUGAGGACAAAGAUGACCUGCUAGACGCCGAGUUCAAUAGUUGGGAGCUCGUUAUUCCAGAGGAAGGGGAGGAUGAAUUGUAG